AUGACAUAUUUAAUAAAACGUAUUAACUGGAAGAGUAUAUUACUUGCAGCAGGUGUUACCUUUUUUGGAUCUAUUGCUUAUGGGGCUAGAUUAAUUGCUCCUCAAAUUUGCAAUCCUGCUGCUGAAGUGGCAAUUUCAGGUAUUGCUCUUUCUGGACCAGCAUGGUGUAUUGGGACAUAUGUUAUUGGUGCUGCUUGUGCUUCUAUUAGUGCUGGUCUUUCUGCUGAAGGUGCUAGUAGUGGUUGGCAAUGGUGGAAGGAGUCAGGUGUUGCUAAAAGAAAUAUUUUGUUGGAACAUCCAUAUCCCGCAGCAAAUUUAACUUUGGUGUCUGGUUCUUUACUUGAAGAUCAUGUAUAUGCGCUCAAUCAGUCUUUAGGGAACUUUUUUGACAAUGUUACAGGUGUUUCAGCAAUUUUGUAUAAUAAUGAGGGACCUCUUUAUAAAAGAGAUGGUAGCAUCGAUAAUAUGUUAACUUGGUCUAUCAAUUAUAAUGACACAAUGAUAACUACUGUAGUUCAUCCAAGACAUUUAUUAGCGUCUGCUAAAGCAUUUAAGGAGUUUACUACGCAAACAAAGACUUUUCACAAGAGAGGAGAUGGUGAAUGGCUUUCAUACAACUUGUAUGGUCUGAAUGUUGUUGCUGCUGAAUUAUUCAAGGCAAAUAUGCAAAAUGAAGCACAGAGUGGGGCGAUGGGCAUUGGAAAUAUGUUUAUAUCUCAAAUUCAGCCAUGUACUGAUUUGCUUUGCUAUGGUGUUCAAGAUAAAUUUUGCGCUUCAUUUGGAGAUAGUUCUAUUCCAGGGGAAGAUUCUAUAAUGGUAGGUGAGGUAUAUGUUGAUGCAUAUGGUGGAAUUGAUAAUGAAUGUCAAAGUGGUUGA